AUGCCAAAAAUCAAUCAAAGAAAUCUUGUAAUUGAUCGUGAGCGAAUGACGACUGCAAGGAAAACAUUUACAUUAGAAGAGCAUGUCUUUGAUGAGAAAUCAAAAUUGCAAAAUGAAUGGGACAUUAGCAAAAAAUGGAAGAGAGUCUUCUCCAAAGAAAAAUUUGAAUUAACGGGGGUUGCGACCUCGCAACAUCGCUACAACUUCCGUGUUGUGGAAAAAUCUCGGGAAAAUACGGAUUACAGAGACGUAUUGCCGAAGAGGAAAACAAGAAGACCUCUAGUGGACAGGAAGAACGGCUCUCAAGAAGAUGUGAAUUCUGCUGAUUCGAAAGAAGAAGAGCAAUGA